AUGACGGCAUUCUUCCCCAGUGUUCCCAACUGGAUUCAAGAUGCAAAGCAGGAGGAGGAAGAGACAGGCUGGAAAUUAGUCCCCAGACCAAGAGGAGAAGAGACUGAAAGUCAGGGAAAAUGCCAAUGUGACCUCUCUGAGCCCUCCUUUGCCGGCGUGGACAAGCUGAGGGCUCACACGCUUGCCCACGGCGAGCAGAGACCUUACAACUGCCCCCAGCUGCACUGUGGCAAAGCCUUUGCCUCCAAGUACAAGCUCUACAGGCACAUGGCCACACACUCUGCCCAGAAGCCUCACCAGUGCAUGUACUGUGAGAAGAUGUUCCACCGCAAGGACCACCUGCGCAACCACCUGCAGACCCACGACCCCAACAAGGAGGCCCUGCACUGCCCGGAGUGCGGCAAGAACUACAACACCAAGCUGGGCUUCAGGAGGCACCUGGCCAUGCACGCCGCCGCCAGCGGGGACCUCAGCUGCAAGGUGUGCCUGCAGACCUUCGAGAGCACCCAGGUGCUGCUGGAGCACCUGAAAGCUCACUCCAGGAGGGCUUCUGGGGGAGCCAAGGAGAAGAAGCAUCCCUGCGACUACUGCGACCGGCGCUUCUACACCCGCAAGGACGUGCGGAGGCACCUGGUGGUGCACACGGGGAGGAAGGACUUCCUGUGCCAGUACUGUGCCCAGAGGUUUGGGAGGAAGGAUCAUCUGACCAGGCACAUGAAGAAAAGCCACUCCCAGGAGCUGCUGAAGAUCAAGACGGAGCCGGUGGACAUGCUGGGACUGCUGAGCUGCAGCUCCUCCGUGGCGGCGAAGGAAGAGCUGAGCCCUGUCCUGUGCAUGGCACCCAGAGACAUGAUAGGUGGGAAGAGCUUCCCUGGCAUGUUGCCUGUGGGCAUGUAUGGCACACAUCUGCAGAGCGUGCCCAGCUCAGGGAUGCCCCACUCCUUGGUUCCUAAUUCUCUUCCCAUGGGAAUGAGCUACCCCUUGGAGUCUUCUUCUCCCAUCUCCUCCCCACCACAACCUCCUCCAAAGUAUCCGCUUGGAUCUACCUCAUAUCUGCCUGAGAAACUAUCCAAAGGAGAGGUGGACAGCUUCUUGUCAGACUUCCCUGGUAGCCUGUCUCUCUCAUCUGGUGAGCCUCAGUCCUCCUCGCCUCAGCCAUCCCCCCUGGACGAGGCUUUGCUUUCCAAGAGCCCUGCUAACCUCUCAGAGGCUCUCUGUGCUGCUAACAUGGACUUCUCUCACCUUCUGGGCCUCCUCCCCCUCAACCUCCCUCCUUGCAACACCCCAGUGUCGUCAGGGGGCCUGGUGAUGGGCUACUCGCAGGGGGAGACGCAGCCACUGCUCACCACUUUGCAACAUCAGCCUCAGGAGUCUCCUGGAGCUGGGGCCUCGCUGAACUUUGGGCCCCUUCACUCGCUGCCCCCCGUCUUCACCUCCAGCUUGAGCACCACCACGCUGCCGCGCUUCCACCAGGCCUUCCAGUGA